GACUGGUAAACAUCUACAUUUACACCUGUUGAAAACGUCUGUAAAAAAUGGUUAUUAAGAAUACCUAUAGUGCAAUAUGGUUGCUCUGUAAUGUUAUUUGCAGAAAAAAAUAAAAUUGUUUUGAAAAUAAAUAAAAUAAAAUAAAAAAUUUUCUUUCCUCUGACAUCAUUGAUAACCACACUCCAGUCUGGUAGGUGGCGGUAAAUGUAACUUAAGUUGGUUACCAUCCGCCAAUAAAAAACACAAGAAGAAGAAGAAGGGUUCCAUUUCCUGUUUACCAUUUCACAGCUAGCAUCGGUAGGAGCAAAAUCUACCAUCUUUACAAUCAAUAAAAUACUCCUGCAACCAUUUUUUUCUUUAAUCGGGAAGUGGAGACUGCAGGAAAGUUGUUACUUCCAAAUAACAGUUCCUUUUGAAGAUGGAACAAAAGCAUCUCUACGCCAUGCAAGAUAACAGGAUGCUUCUUCAUUCCAGACAAACGUUUUAGCCUUUCCUCUUUUCUUCAGUCUCUUCUUCACUAAUGUUCCCAGCGGAUCCUCAGACGCAUGUCGCGGCUCAGGUCCACAAUCGACAGCGUAACCAAGGCAGUGGGAGGCGCAGACCUCAUCUCCAGGUUCUCCCGCUUCAAGCCUGGCGGCGCUACAGCUGACGGAGCCCAUGCUGAAAAAGCUCUGCCCAAAGUUGAGACCUUGACUUCUACUGACAGCGUUUCUGGAAGAAUGAAGGAAAAGACGAGUGGCGAAAAUGGAGAAGUGGAGGAAACCGAUAAGCAGAAGGAACAAGUUAGAGAAAAGCCUUUUGUUGCAGCCAAAAAGUCGUCUUCUGCUUUAGCUUCUGCAACAGACACACCUGGAAUUAACUCUUCUACAACCGUGGCAAAGCAAACCAUGCAGCUGUUCCACCCAGCAGCUCUGUCCACAAACAUGGAUGAAACUUACAAGAGUCUGUCCAACCAUAUAAACAGCUACUUUGGCCCAAACACACAAGGAGAAGAUGGAGAGAACAGACAGCAGCAGCAUGUUUCUAAGCCACUUCCUCAGGUCACCACCCAGAGAACAGCAGAUCACAUUCCAGUUUUGUCUCCAGUUUCAGAGAAAAUUGCUCCUGAAAGCCCUCCGUCCUCGCCACUUUCACUAAAACCCAGUCCGUCCACAGAGAUCCCAUCCUCUGUGACCCCAGCCACUGAAAACACAGCCCAAUCUGUCCCUGAAACGAGUACCACCCCUAAAAAAGGCUUCACCCACUACCUGUCCUACCCCGGGCCCAGCGUCCAGGCCUUCGUUGGAAGCUACAUUGUUCCCCUGGUUCCAAGGCUUCGAGGUGACCAGAAAAAGCUGGCGGUGGAAAAAGAGAAGUCUUCCACAGACGGUUUGGCUGAACACGUGGUAGACAAAGGAGUGGAGAAGACAGAUGGUGAAGAAGACAAAGCCGAGAAGGCAAAACAGCAGCUUCUAAGUCAAAGAGAAAAGAUAAUCGCCAGAGUGAGCGUAGACAACAGGACCAGAGCCCUGGUAAAGGGUCUGCAGAGGGUGUCUGAUGUGGAACUCCUCACCACUCGAGUCGGAGAGCUCAGCUUUCACCUCCUGGAGUUUCCAGAGACCCGAGGAGUGGCAGUUCAGGAGAACUUGCUGCCCUGUCUGCUGCGGCUCCGUCAGGCCAGGGAUCUUCCCCUUCAGGCAGCUGUUAGAGAAGCUCUGGCGCUGGUUGGCUACACAGAUCCAGUCAAAGGCAGAGGAAUUAGGGUGCUAGCCAUAGAUGGAGGAGGCACAAGAGGACUGCUUGCCCUGCAGACUCUUCAUAAACUGGAAGAACUGACUGGAAAACGAAUCCAUCAGCUCUUCGACUACAUCUGCGGAGUCAGUACAGGGGCCAUUUUGGCCUUCAUGCUGGGGAUUUUCCAGAUCCCCUUGGAAGAGUGCGAGGAUAUGUACAGGAAACUGGGUACAGACAUCUUCAAACAGAACGUCAUUGUUGGAACCAUGAAGAUGGGCUGGAGCCAUGCUUUCUACGACAGCGAAAUGUGGGAAGGCAUCCUCAAAGAACGUAUGGGUGAGGGACGUAUGAUUGAGAGUUCGAGGGACCCAUGCUGCCCGAAAGUGGCAGCAGUGAGCACCAUAGUCAACAGAGGGCUGCCACUGAAGGCCUACGUGUUCAGGAACUACAGACUCAUGCCUGGUGUAAGGUCACACUACCUUGGAGACUGCAAACACAAGAUGUGGCAGGCCAUCCGGGCCUCGUCUGCCGCCCCCGGAUACUUUCAGGAAUUUGUUCUGGGAAAAGACCUUCAUCAGGACGGAGGACUUCUCAUCAACAACCCAACCGCUUUGGCCAUUCACGAGUGCAAGUGCCUGUGGCCCAAUACACCCCUGCAGUGCGUGUUGUCUCUGGGAACGGGACGGUACGAGACCGUGGGCAAGAACAGCGUGAGCUACACCAGCUUGAAGACUAAGCUGGCUCACGUCAUCAGCAGUGCCACAGAUACGGAAGAGGUGCACACUAUGCUGGACGCCCUCCUGCCGCCAGAUACCUACUUCCGUUUCAACCCCUACAUGAGCGAGGACGUGCCAUUAAACGAAAGCCGCCAGGAGAAGCUGAACCUCCUCAAAGGGGAAGGGGAGCGUUACCUCGAGCGCAACGAGGCCAAACUUAAGAAGGCGGCCAGUGUGCUGGGCCAGGAGAAGGGCGUCAUCCAGAGGCUGGCGGAGUGGGGCAAGCUGAAAGCCGACAUGUACGAGGGAAUCCCUUUCUUAUCCAAACUGUGAGCAGUUUAUAGGUAAAACAUGCAUUUGUGGCACAUUUUUGAGUGGAAUUAAAUAAAUUCCUAGAAGUUUACAUGGGAUGAUACCUAAUAUUAACCCAACACUAAAAGCUGUUUAUUUAUUAGUAUUUUAUCAGUGUGACAGAAACAGUGUUAAAUUGUUUUCUAUGAUUCUUUGUUGAAAAGAAAAAACGGAUUAUUUUAUGUCUGGCUGAUUUAAGGUUUUAAAAAGUGUCGAUUUCUAAACAAAAAAAAUUAUCACUGCACAUGAAUUUGAACAUGAAAAAUGGGUGAGAAACAUGUUCAUAGCCCAAUAUCUAGACGUAGAACGUCUAUUUUUACAAGUGGACAUUCGCUAAACCAAUGCCUGAAAACAGAGAUGCUCCAAUCAGAAACUGAGAAAUAUUUACAUUCUAAAGACUGUCACAGGACCAGACAGCACAUUUUGUUUACCUGAGAGUCCAAUCAGGAAAGACUUUGUAAUGGGAAGGUUGGACCUCAAAGAAAACUGCAAGUAGAUAUUUGCCAAGAAGAGCUAGAUCAGUGAAUCUCUACCUGAAAGUGAUGUUUGCAUGCUUCCUUGUUAACUUGAAUACAUUACGGUGUAAUAAAUAUGUAAUUGCACAUUGGGAAAUGAAACGUGACUGCCUAUUAUUAACACUGUACAACAGAAACAAGAAAACUUGUGCACUUUGUAGGAUUACCUUUUUUUUUAAUCCUAGAGAGAACAUUUAUUCCUAUGUGAAACAAUCCGUUCCUCUUUCUAAUUUUUAGGACAGAGAAAUCAACUUGCUUAUGUAGUUCUAAUCCUUACAAAGCCUGUUUAUUCUGCUUAAAGCAUCAACUUAUUGCCCAUUAUUAUAUAAAGUCUCCAUAAUAUGAGCAUGUUUAACGUGAUAAAACCCUAACUGUUGUGAUUCCUUCCUUCUUUAGUCCUUAACAGGAUUUGAAAGCGAUAGAAAAUGUCAGGAAUAAAAUAAAACUUGUUAUAAAAGGUUUUCCACUUCUUGCCUUUGCUGUGUUGAACUGUUGCUUAUGUUGGACACACACAAUAAAGUCUA